GCAGAGAGGCCAGCAACCUGGCUCGGCUCAGUCUGCACAGAGGGGCAGAGGCAGACAGAGGGCUCAGGACAGGCUCCACCACUCAGGUCACCAUGUACAGCUUCAUGGGUGGUGGCCUCUUCUGUGCCUGGGUGGGGACUAUCCUCCUGGUGGUGGCCACAGCGACAGACCACUGGAUGCAGUACCGGCUGUCGGGGUCCUUUGCCCACCAGGGUUUAUGGCGCUACUGCCUGGGGAACAAGUGCUACCUGCAGACGGAGAGCAUCGCGUACUGGAAUGCCACCCGGGCCUUCAUGAUCCUGUCCUGCCUGUGCGCCACCUCCGGCAUCAUCAUGGGCAUCCUGGCCUUCGCUCAGCAGCCUGCCUUCAACCGCCUCUCCCGACCCUUCUCCGCCGGCAUCCUGUUUUUCGCCUCCACCUUGUGCGUCCUGCUGGCCUUGGCCAUUUACACUGGAGUCACCGUCAGCUUCCUGGGUCGCCGUUUUGGGGACUGGCGCUUUUCCUGGUCUUACAUCCUGGGCUGGGUGGCCCUGCUCAUGACCUUCUUUGCAGGAAUUUUCUACAUGUGUGCCUACCGGAUGCAUGAAUGUCAGCGGCUGUCGACGUCCCGCUGAGCCCAGGUGUAUUCAUCAGCUUCACCAGGAAGAGAAAAUGAGGUCCCUGAUAAGAGGGGGUGUCUAGAGGCCUAAAAUCCUGGUUCCUGGGGGGCAUGAGGGGAGCUCCAUCCUGGACUCUGGGUGGGGUUGCCUGACUCCUGAGUCCUGCAGGGGAAGAAGGAAGAAUGGGGCCUGGUGGGAGGGAGCUAAGAAGAACCAAGGCCCCACCUACCAGGGUGGUUGUUUGAGUAAUGGAGUAUCUGUUAGAGCGAUUUGGGGGAGUCUAAUAAUAAAAUUGAAGUGAAACUAC